GUUGGUAUAAUUGAGAGAGGCGUGAGAGCACAAUCCUGUGAUCGAAAUUGGCCACCCCGCUAGACACCAGCCCGCUGCUCAGCUCUUAACGCUGUCUUGCCCUUGUUUUGAUUGUCUCGUGGAUCCCGUGCUUGACACCUGGCCUUGUGAUCAAACAUGUCAGUCGCAGUAACUGAAGCCAAAGCUCCUGAACAGGUGCAUGAGCCAACAGGAGAACGGGACGAAGCUGUGACCGCAGUUCCUGCUGAAUCAGCCAGCAAGAAAAAGAAGAAGAAGAAAAACAAAGGCAACGCCGCAAAUGCCAAUGGUGAAGUAAACCCUCGUGCAGACAAGGACGAACCACCUGCUGAAGGUGAAAAAGAUGAAGAUGACAAGGGAGAAGAGGGCGAAGCUGAAGGAGGCGAGGAUGGCAAGAAGAAAAGGAGGAAACGAGGCAAGAACAAGGGCAAAGCUGCCACCAACGGUCAGACUGACCCUCCAUCCAUUCCGAUUGUGGAUCUUUUCCCCGAUGGAAAAUAUCCCAUUGGUCAGGAAAUGGAGUAUCCGCUGGUUGAAGACAGCAGGGUUGCUUUCAAUAGACUGACUUUGGAAGAGAAAAGGGAGGCGAGCACCAGGGAGGAAGUGCACGAACAAAUUUAUCAGGAAGCUCGCAUUGCUGCUGAAGCUCACCGUCAGACUCGACAGCACAUCCAGCGCUGGAUCAAGCCCGGCAUGACCAUGAUCCAGAUCUGCGAGGAGCUGGAAAACACAGCUCGUAAGCUAAUUGUCGAGAAUGGCUUGAAGUCUGGUCUUGCUUUUCCCACUGGUUGCUCGCUCAACCACUGCGCUGCUCAUUACACUCCAAAUGCAGGAGACACCACUGUCUUGCAGUAUGAUGACGUGUGCAAGAUUGACUUUGGAACUCACAUUAAUGGUCGCAUCAUCGAUUGUGCUUUCACGCACACUUUCAACCCUAAGUACGAUAAGCUCAUUGAGGCUGUGAGGGAUGCCACAAACACCGGAAUCAAGGAAGCUGGCAUCGAUGUUCAGUUGUGCCAUAUUGGAGCUGCGAUCCAAGAGGUCAUGGAGUCUUAUGAGGUUGAGUUAGACGGAAAAACGUACCAAGUGAAGUCAAUAAGGAACCUCAAUGGACACUCCAUAGCUCCAUAUCGCAUUCAUGCUGGGAAAACAGUGCCCAUCGUCAAGGGAGGCGAAGCUGUCCGCAUGGAAGAAAAUGAAUUCUACGCAAUCGAGACUUUCGGUUCUACUGGCCGCGGAGCAGUUCACGAUGACAUGGACACUUCUCAUUACAUGAUGCGCUUUGACCAAGGAUUCAUUCCAUUGCGACUGGCUUCAUCCAAAUCUCUGCUGCAAGUGAUCAAGAAGAACUUCAGCACCUUGGCUUUCUGUAAGAGAUGGCUGGACCGCCUUGGUCAGAGCAAGUAUCAGAUGGCCCUGAAGGACUUGUGUGACAAGGAGAUUGUGGACCCGUACCCGCCGCUAUGCGACGUCAAGGGUUCGUACACUGCCCAAUUCGAGCACACCAUUGUGCUGCGUCCGACCUGCAAAGAAGUCAUCAGCAGAGGCACCGACUACUAGGACUGAUUUGCAAGUUGAUUAUUGAUGCGAAUUUUGUAAACGCAAUUCAAGUACUCUCUCAUCAAAUUUGAUAGCAGCGUUGAUUAUCACGUUUCAUCCGUUGGCAGGUUGUGGCGCCUAUAGAGUAUUAAAAUGGUUUUUGUUAGAUGCAAUUUAUCAUUUGUGUGAAUUUUUACUGGCCCCUCUGUUACAAUCUGUCUUACCUGGCCUGCCAUUGCUACUGUUGCACUUUAACAGCUGUUAAUUUUUUUUAAUUUGGACAAUUUUAGCAGGCAUGUUUCUAUUUUUUUUCACUCCCACUAGGAAGCCAAUAAAAUCUUCGUUGUUAAGAUUCAAUCCAACCA